AUGGGUGUCUUAACGUCUAUGGAUGUCGACUUCUCAGAGUUGCUUCUAUACGUCGUAGUGCCAAUCAUAUUCCUCUUUGCUGCAGCAUCCAGAUUAAACAAUGGCCAUACGAGAUCAGACAUCCCGCAUGCUCCACGCAUUCCGUACAAAUUACCCCUUGGACUGGAUAUGGCGUGGAAGCUCGUAAAACGAUUGCAUUCGAACACGUUUGUCGAGUACAUCUGCGAUGAAGUGCUCAAUACUCCCGGUCGCACAGUCGAGAUGAAUCUGCUAGGCGGUGACAUUUUUAUUACUGAUAGAGCGGAGAAUAUCAAAGCGAUCCAAGCCGAUCAGUUUGCCGACUUUGCCAAGGGACAGACGCCACACGAUGUUUUUAGUAGUAUCUUGGGGGACUCCGUCUUCACAACGGACGGGCCUUUGUGGAAGACGAGUAGAGAACAACUAGAGCCACAUGUCUCUCGUGUUCGUUCGGAUGACAUUCCUACAGCCGAGCGGCACAUGCAAAAGCUUUUACGACUGAUCAAAAACUCGCCUGAGAAUGUCGAUGUAUACGAUAUGAUCGAUAGGUUCCAACUCGACCUUGUAAGCGAAGUAUUCCUCGGAGAAUCCACGAAUUCGCUUUCUGCAAACGAACAACCAUUCCGCAAGGCCAUGGAAGAGCUUCUGACGUUCAACACGAAUCGUCUACUUUUCGGACGCCUUGCGAACCUGUUUCCCGACUGGCUUUUUGUUCCUGGAGCUUACCGUGAUCUGACGCGCUAUAUCGACGACCUCAUCGAAAAGACUUUGGCGCUGCCAAUCAAUAACCAAUCUGAUUCGAAGACGGAGAAGGAAUACAAUCUUGUGGAGGAUCUCGUGGCCACGCACCCGAACGACCGAUACUUUAUCAGAGGUCAGCUUAUAGCAGUAUUGAUGGCUUCCAAGGAUCCAGGUGCUAUCUUAGCCACAUGGACGAUAUAUCACUUGGCCCACGAACCAGCACUGUAUAAAAAACUCCAGCAAGAGAUUGAACAGCAAUUUACCACAAGCAUUGGCAUGCACACAAUUCCCACAGUAGGCCAGCUCAGGAAACUAGACCUCCUAGCCAAUACAGUGAAAGAGUCUAUGAGAAUGUACCAUCCCCUCGGUCUCAACAUUCGAGAGGCAAGGACAGAUGCUGUUCUGCCUGUUGGAGGCGGUCCAGAUGGAAAGGAUCAGAUAUCCGUCUCCAAAGGACAAAUUAUAGUCUACUCGGUCGCAGGUCUUCAGCGCAACAAAGCCACUGUAGGCCCAAAUGCUGAUGUUUGGGAUCCUUCACGAUGGGAAACCUGGUCGCCCAAGUACGGCGACUUUCUCCCCUUUAGUAUCGGGCCACGCCAGUGCCCUGGCAGAGUCUUUGGUCGUUUCCAAAUUCAGUAUAUCCUGGUUCGGAUUCUCCAAGAGUUUGAGAGAAUAGAGUGGUGUGGACUUGGUAGCAAAGGGGACAAUGGCACGGAUGAGAUGAAGAUCAAGGUUGAGCUUAACCUCAAGUGCGCAGAGCCGGUCAUUUGUAAAUUCAUUCCACGCUGCAAGAAUUCUGCUUAG